AUGUCUCUGAAACGCAAGCUGUCUGAAUUCGACCCCGUGGCCGGCGAGACGGCCGGCUGGCUCGACCUUGACUGGCCGUUCCACUCCCCGCACGAACAAGAAACCGCCUCGCCUCCAGCUUACAAGAUUCAGCGUCGAGACAGCAAUCGCCGUGACUCCUCCUGGCGCAUGAUGGGCGACAAGGCCGUGCCCUUGUCGCUACCGCUGGCCAACAUGGUCAGCGCCGUCCAGGAGCUCAUCGACCCGGAAUUCGAUCCGGACAUUGGAGAACCGGACUCGGACGACUCGCCACGCUUCUUGAAACCGCUGCCUGCUCGUAUUCCUUCAGAUGAUGUCGACUAUCUCAGGUCAAAAGGUGCCCUCACUCUUCCCGACCGUCCCCUUCGAACCGAGUUGCUACGGGCAUAUGUGCAAUGGGUUUAUAGCUUUAUGCCUCUGUUGGAUCUACACAGCUUUCUGAAUGCAAUUGCCGAAAAUGACCCGGAUGCUGGCAUCAGCCUCUUUCUUUUCCAGGCCGUCAUGUUCGCCGGCACUGCUUUCGUGGACAUUAGCCAUCUCAAGGCCGCGGGCUUUGAAAACAGGAGAGAUGCUCGCAAGGCUUUCUCCACUCGCGCGCGACUGCUCUAUUCGUUUGAUUACGAAGACGACCGUAUUGUGAUCCUCCAGGCCCUCCUGCUGCUGACAUAUUACCAUGAGACCGACGCAGGUCUGCAAAAUGAUAUUUGGUAUUGGGUAGGCGUGUGCAACACCCACGCACAGUCAAUCGGAAUCCAUCGUGAUCCCACCAAGUCAGGAAUAGAUGUCGAUACCCAGCGGCUGCGCAUUCGGCUUUGGUGGUGCCUCUACUCUCGGGACCGCCUCGUUGCGCUCGCUCUGCGACGGCCUACCCAAAUCAACGAGGGUAUAUGCGACGUCCCAUUCUUGCGCUCCACGGACUUUGAUCUCAAACCGUUUUCCCUGGCUGCUACGGAAAUGCUCGGUUGUGGAUACAUGCGAGAUGUAUCCUACCAGAGACGACUAGCCACUAUGUUUAUGGAAAAAGUCAAACUCUGCCAGUGCCUCGGCAGAGUACUCUUUGCACAAUACACCCCAUCGAAUUGCUCAUUCGGAGCAACUCAGCAAACGACCAUCACUCUGGUGCCUCGACAAGCCUCGGACGCUGAGCUCGAGCGAUGCAGCCAAAGGCUAGAUACCUGGCUAAGCGCCCUGCCAAAGGACGCAACUUUCAUGCCACAACCGAGACAAGCGCUCGGCGACGGAGAGAAUGUUCUCCUGCUUCAUUCGUCCAUGCUGCGCAUGACGUACCACGCAACGUGCACUGCCUUGUAUAGGCCUCGGGCUGCUUCGCUUUCGGCUUCGAAAUCUGCGACUAAAAUGCUCACUAUGGCGCGACAGAAGAUGCGAGAUGCUGCAUCAGAUACGGCGGAUAUCGUCCACGGACUCAAUCGGCUAGGCUUAACAAAGUUCCUGCCGUCGUCCAGCCUGACGGUCGUGACUCCGGCCGCGGUAGUUCACCUAACAAAUCUGACAUCGACAAAUCAGCAUGUCAGGGACGAGAGUGCAUGGAAUUUCCGCCAGUGCAUCGAUGUCCUCAACGGCCUCAAGGAUAUCUACCCUGCAGCUGACUACGAGACUGCCUGUCUACAAAAGGCCGCCCAGAUCCAGUAUGGCCAAACAACGGGAAGAAACCCCGUCUUCAUUAUGAUGAACAAUAAUAAUACCACGAACCCAGAAAAUUCUCAGGCUCGGCCAGACCAAAACCAUUCUCAGUCACCAUAUAACAACGGAAUCAUCACCGAACUCGACGAUGAAGAGGUAGAAGGGUUUUUGUCAACUUCAUUAUUCCCCAUCGCCGAGAGACCCUCCUCUGAACAGCGCUCAAAUUGGGAUUCCUGGGGGCAGGACAUGUUCAAAGAAUGGAUUGCAUCUUCCGACGAUGGGGUUAUGGAUGAGUCGUUUGACUAUGGUUCUAAUAAUUAUAAUAAGAAUGCUGGUGCCACUUUCCCCAGAGCUCUCACUCCAGACAUCGGAUCGCUCUUUGAGCCGCAGCAAUUGAGUUCGCCAUUACUAGGGAGGAAUAUCAUAACAGGUGAUUUAGAAACAGAUCUGGGGUUUGUGUGA